AUGGAAAAGUUUUACGCGCCAGCAGACAAUUUUUUAUUUGAUAGUUCUCACAAUGUCGCUAAAUGCAUUCACCACUGGUCAGCUAAACCGGAAACCAAUACUCGCUCUACCUUCUUUACUGCAACGCAAAUGAACGUCACUCAUGAGACAUCUAGACCGGCUUAUUACACAUAUGUCCCAGAGAUACACGGGACUAUCAAAGAAACGUUAAAAUAUAAUUCGGACAAUGCACCUUACUUCGGCACCUCCGUUCACAAAUUUCAUCGGAGGAGAUUACAAAUUGAUUAUUUAGAUAGUUACCAAGAGCGUCAUCAUAACAGAAUGACUUCGUGGAUUCAUCGACGGCACUCUUCUACGAAUCCUAAAGUUAUCGCCAAAGCUGAAAGAGAUUACAGCAAGUUUACUCUAUCAUUUAAAGAUCAUGUUAAAGAACAAGCUGGACGACAUUAUCGCAGUGAUCACAGCGAUACUUCCGACGAUACUAAAACUUUAGAAGCGCGACCGUUAAAGCGCGCCGUUUAUAAUACUACAAACCUGGAUCACAACAGACACCAUGCGUUUAACAAGAAAGCUAAACGAACCCUUUCCUCUAUAGAAACGGGGAAAGGCAUUUUCGACAUUCCUUCACCAUAA